AUGCUAGAAAAUCAAGUUGGCAAAAUGGGGUUCGGGCCCCUCAGAGCCCAGCCCUGUACCCUUGUACAGUGUCUGUGCUAUGGAUUUUGUUUUUCUUGGGGUACUCUUGAUGUGAAGAUAAUUUGCAUAUUCUAUUGUAUUAUUUGGAGCUGGGCCUCACUUUGGGGGGGAGGGGGGAGAAAAACCAAGCAAACCAACAAUGGUGAUCCUUUAUUUUGUGAUGAUGCUGUGAUGAUUAAGUUUGAAGCUUUUUUUGAAACAGCAGUCCUUGGUAUUAAUCAGAGCAUGUGUCAGAGUGAUGUUCCGUUAACCUUUUUGUAA